AUUUUCAUUUCAACAAAUAACAAAACCAAAAAAAAUUGAUCGUAUUGUAUGUGUGUUUUUUUUCUUAUAUAUAAAAAUGUGUAUCGCAUUUAGGAUAUAAUUAAAAAAUAGAGAGAAAUGGAUCUAGAGUAUAAGUGCUUGCAUCAAUUUUUGGAUAGUCUAUUACCUAAUUUCUUCUUCUAGAUUUCUGUAUUCCUUUGGGUGGAAUCCAGUGGUUGAACCCGAUGGAUUAUUUCAACAUUCUCCCUGUUGAGAUAACAUUAGCCAUUUUCAAGCGUCUACCCACUGAAACCCUUAUAGAAUGUAAAUUGGUUACUAAAACAUGGAAAAAUCUCAUUCAUGAUCCAAACUUCGCUGUGAUCCACUUCUUUCGUCUAUUUGAUUCUACCACAAAAAAUCUAUUUGCACUGUCUCCCAAGUUGAGUGAACUCAAAGAAGUUUCGAAACAUGAAGUUGAGAAAUGGUAUAAGACAGAAGAGGCAUUUCAGAAUUUUAUGGACUACCAUUUACAACUUUCUCAGGAAUUAAGGCAAACUUCUAUGGCUGUGCAACACGUUGUUAAUUGCUAAUGUAAUGGAGAACUAUGAUAAAAACUUUAGUGACAUGGGUUUAAAAUAUAAAAAUCUAGAAAAUACAGCUAAAGAGACUUGUCGCUCUUGUCUUGUGGAGAGUCGGAAGAUGUUUAACCAGAAUUGUAGGUUGUACGAUGAGUUUCUAGACUCAAAAGGAAAUGUUAGAGUGUAUGGUCGUGUACGACCAUGCCCAGACAAAAAUCAGACAAUCAUACCGCUCAUUGGCAAGGAUGGAGAGUUGUUAUUGCAAACCCUUCCGUACAUACAGAUGAUGGUCAUAGGUUGUUCAACUACUGAUGAGCAAGUAUUUUUAGAUACACAACCAGUGAUAAGAUCUGUUAUUGAUGGUUACAAUGUAUGCAUUUUCGCUUUCGGUCAGUCAGGCUGGGAGAAGACUAACACUAAGACUGGCCUUGAUGCAUCGUCCACAAAGGAUUGGGGUAUCCAUGUCGAAGCCCUUAAUGUUCUUUUCCAAAUGUUGCGGAAUAGAAGAAGCUCCUUUUCACAUAAAAUUGAUGUUGAAAUGGUUGAAAUCUAUAAUGAACAGGUCCGCGAUUUGCUACAGAUGGGUGUCUCUCAUAAUAAAAUCUCUACUAGCUCGCAACCGAAUGGGUUAACUGUUCCUGACGCCAGCAUGCACCCUGUUAAAUCUGUCUCCGAUGUCCUGAAAUUCGUGCGAAUAGGACUAGCAAAACAGGCAAGAGGUCUCACUGCUCUCAAUGAAAGAAGUAUUAGAUCGCACAGUAUUCUUACAGUUCAUGUGCGAUGCACGGACUUGGUUACAGAGGCCACACUGCGUGGUAGUCUCCACUUAGUUGAUCUUGCUAGAAGUGGAAGUGUUGACUGCUCUCAUCAGGUAACUCGAGGCAGAUUCCGGGAAGCACAAUAUAUUAGCAAAUCAUUAUCUUCCCUUGGCGACGUUAUGUUUUCUCUGUCCCAAAAGAACGAUCAUGUACCUUACACAGAUAGCCAACUAACUCGAGUACUUCAGAGCUCUCUAGGUGGUCAGGCGAAGACUGUCAUGUUUGUGAAACUUAAUCCCUAUGUUGAUGCGUACUCUGAGAAAGUACUUUAAAAUUUGCCGAAAGGUUCUCGCUGGGUCCUGCAGAGAAUUAAUGGAUCAGUCUCACUGUGAUCCGACACAAACAGAUUUUACUUUCUUUUCUGUUGCCAAAGAGGAGUCUCAGUAUUAUUUAUUACUACAACGCUAUUGGAUUUUGGUUUGAUGCUUGGCGACCCUAGUCGGGAUGGCAGAUUGAUCAAUCAGCAUUUCUCAAGCUAACCCUUAGUGUUUGAUAACUUCCUUGCAGGUUGCAGCAGUCUCCAUCAAUUUUUGUCUUAGAAUUGUUAGCAUUUCUGUUUGUCUAAAUGUUUUGGAAUUUUAGUCAAGUUGAGAUUGGUUAUAUGUUUCAUAGAUGCACUUUCGAGCAAUUUUUUUUCCGGGUUCUUUUCGUUCAUGAACCACUGGUGUAAAUUCACACUUAGGAUGCAUCUCCUUGUAAAUGGAUGCAUCUAUUUUGAACUGCC